AUGCACCAGAUCGUGCUGCCCUCCGAAGUCGACUCCCUCGGCAUCUGCUUUGGCGGACAGGUGCUGAGCUGGAUCGACAUAUGCGCGGGGCUGGCGGCCAAGACCGUGGCGCGCGGGCCGGUGGUGACGGCCAGUGUGGACAGCGUGCACUUCCUGCGCCCCUGCCGCCUCGGAUCCGUCGCCAUCGUCGCCGCCCAAGUCAACCGCGCAUUCAAGUCCUCCAUGGAGGUGGGCGUGCGAGUGGAGGAGGAGGACAUGAGAACGGGCGCGCGGCACCACUGCUGCUCCGCCUACCUCACCUUUGUG